CCCGAGCCUGUCUCCCGCGCCUCAGGUGUUGGCUCGCUAGGCUGAGAGCUCUUCCCUUUUCGGCCUGCACCUGGGUGGCCUCCAGCCGGCUCGCACCAGCGGACUCCGCGCGGCAGGCAGGGAGCGCGCAGGCGGGGCGCGCGGGCGGACGGGCGCGGGGCUCCCGGCGGUGCGUGCCGGGCCUCGGGUCGGCGGCUGGGCAGGCGGGGCGCGCGCCACGCCCCCGGAGUUCGAAAGGCGCGGGAGCCGGCGGGUUUCGGUGAACUUGGAGCCCGGCGCCGAGAGGCUCCAGCCGGGGAUGCGGCGGCAGCUGCUUCCUGGUUUGCAGCUCGCCGAGUGGGGGAGAGCGUGAGCCCGCGGAGGCGGGGGCAGGAGCAGGAGCAGGAGCGAGAGGAGGCGGGGGCAAGAGACGCUGGGGCUGGAGCUCACCGGACGGGUCGCUCUGGCUCUCCGGGGAGAGGAGCCUCCCGGCUCCGGAGAAGGGGCGAGUCCCGUGCGAGACCCCGGGAAGCGCCGCGCGCUCGAGGCGGACGGUCGGGCUCCCCCGGCCCGCGGCCAGCUCAGCGCCGGGCUCCCCUCCUUUCCACCUCGCGAGGGAGAGAGGCCGGGAGGGAGGGGAGGGGAGGGUCCCGCGGGAAAGACAGAAUGGCCCGGCGAGGGGGACUCGGGCGCUGCGUUCCCCAGGAGCUGCCGCCACUCCUACCGCUGCCGCGAGGACUGGCCUGAGCAGGGGCUCCAGGCUCCCCCGCCGCGAGCCAGGGCGGCCCCCCGGGGCCGGGGCAGCGGCGCCGGCAUGUCGUCCGACACCAUGAAGUUCAAUGGCUACUUGAGGGUCCGCAUCGGCGAGGCCGUGGGGCUGCAGCCCACCCGCUGGUCCCUGCGCCACUCGCUCUUCAAGAAGGGCUACCAGCUGCUGGAUCCCUACCUGACCGUGAGCGUGGACCAGGUGCGCGUGGGCCAGACCAGCACCAAGCAGAAGACCAACAAGCCCACGUACAACGAGGAGUUCUGCGCCAAUGUCACCGACGGCGGCCACCUGGAGCUGGCCGUCUUCCACGAGACGCCCCUGGGCUACGACCACUUCGUGGCCAACUGCACCCUGCAGUUCCACGAGCUGCUGCGCACCGCCGGCGCCUCGGACACCUUCGAGGGCUGGGUGGAUCUGGAGCCAGAAGGAAAGGUGUUUGUAGUAAUAACCCUAACAGGGAGUUUCACUGAAGCCACUCUUCAGAGAGACCGAAUCUUCAAACAUUUUACCAGGAAGCGCCAAAGGGCUAUGCGAAGGCGAGUCCACCAGAUCAACGGACACAAGUUCAUGGCCACGUACCUGCGGCAGCCCACCUACUGCUCUCACUGCAGGGAGUUUAUCUGGGGAGUAUUUGGGAAACAGGGUUAUCAAUGCCAAGUGUGCACCUGUGUCGUCCAUAAGCGCUGCCAUCAUCUAAUUGUUACAGCCUGCACUUGCCAAAACAAUAUGAACAAAGUAGAUGCAAAGAUCGCUGAACAGAGGUUCGGAAUCAACAUCCCGCACAAGUUCAGCAUCCACAACUACAAAGUGCCAACAUUCUGCGAUCACUGUGGCUCCCUGCUCUGGGGGAUAAUGCGACAAGGACUUCAGUGUAAAAUCUGUAAAAUGAACGUGCACAUCCGGUGUCAGGCGAACGUGGCCCCGAACUGCGGGGUGAACGCGGUGGAGCUGGCCAAGACGCUGGCAGGGAUGGGCCUCCAACCCGGAAAUAUUUCUCCAACCUCGAAGCUCGUUUCCAGAUCAACUCUAAGACGACAGGGAAAGGAGAGCACCAAAGAAGGAAAUGGGGUUGGGGGUAAUUCUUCCAACCGGUUUGGUAUCGACAACUUUGAGUUCAUCCGAGUGUUGGGGAAGGGGAGCUUUGGGAAGGUGAUGCUUGCAAGAAUAAAAGAGACAGGAGACCUGUGUGCCGUGAAGGUGCUGAAGAAGGACGUGAUCCUGCAGGAUGACGACGUGGAGUGCACAAUGACGGAGAAAAGGGUCCUGGCCCUGGCCCGCAAUCACCCCUUCCUCACUCAGUUGUUCUGCUGCUUUCAGACCCCUGAUCGGCUGUUCUUUGUGAUGGAAUUUGUGAAUGGGGGCGACUUGAUGUUCCACAUCCAGAAGUCUCGUCGUUUUGAUGAAGCACGAGCUCGUUUCUAUGCUGCAGAAAUCAUUUCGGCGCUCAUGUUCCUACACGAGAAAGGCAUCAUCUACAGGGAUCUGAAACUGGACAAUGUGCUGUUGGACCAUGAGGGUCACUGUAAACUGGCAGACUUUGGAAUGUGCAAGGAGGGGAUCUGUAACGGCGUCACCACGGCAACCUUCUGCGGCACGCCCGACUAUAUUGCUCCAGAGAUCCUGCAGGAGAUGCUGUACGGGCCUGCCGUGGACUGGUGGGCGAUGGGCGUGCUGCUCUAUGAAAUGCUCUGUGGCCAUGCGCCCUUCGAGGCCGAGAACGAAGACGACCUCUUCGAGGCCAUACUGAACGACGAAGUGGUCUACCCUACAUGGCUCCAUGAAGAUGCCACGGGGAUCCUGAAAUCUUUCAUGACCAAGAACCCCACUAUGCGCUUGGGCAGCCUGACUCAGGGUGGCGAGCAUGCCAUCUUGAGACAUCCUUUCUUUAAGGAAAUAGACUGGGCCCAGCUGAACCAUCGCCAACUGGAACCACCUUUCAGACCCAGAAUCCUCCUGGUAGCAGAGAUGGGUGCAUAACUGAAAUGGAGGUGGUGCACAGACAUGGAGAGGGAAGCGAGAGCCAGCACCUGGGCUAGCCCACAGCAGCUGAUAAUGUUGAUGCCAGAGCCUGUAGCCUCCUGACCACUCAUUCCAAUAAGAGGCAUCCCAGAAUAGCCAGAACUGUCUUCCUGAAAGAUGCCCAGGGCGUGGAAGAAAAUGGACUCUUUCUGUGACACUGUAUCACUCACAUGUCCCAGCCUGUACUAUUUCUAUUACAUUUAUGCUGAUAUGUCCUGUCUUUCCUAUUAGAUUGUAAGCUUCUUGAGGGCAAAGACUAUGCCUUGCAGGUCUAUAGGUCACACAGAGUACAUUGCACUCAAAUACAUGCUGUGUGGAUACAUGGUCAGGAUGCAGAACCCCAAACAACCACAAAACCAGUUCUUCUAGAGUGGUCUACCUGUACAUACAAACAAUUGUACCCUGUCUGCCCAAGUGGAUUGUAUAUGUAUUCAUGUUUGAGGCUUCAGAGUAUCUGGCCCAUUGAUGGCUCUCAACAAAUACUUAACUAGAUUUCUCAGAACAGCCCUCCCCAAGAGGCAGAAAAUUAACUGGGACUGGAAAUUUAAUCCUCUCAAACCCACAUGAAAUUCCAGGCAAUAUCACCCCUUCCUGGAGUUCCUCAAAGGGUAGCCAGAAGCACAUGAGGAGCUCUCUCCGGGGACAGUGAGCUAACCUCCCCUAUUUGCCUUGGUUUGCCCCAGUACUCAGUUAAUUGGUGGAGAUGUAUGGGUUUAUGUAUAACGUGCUUGAUUAUUUUUUUAUUAGUUAUUUAUUACAGCCACCAUCUGAAACUGGCUAGUGUAAUCAUCCCUAGCUCUUGACCAUGACAACUUAGGUGAUGCAGGAGGGUUUGUGUCAACAAGCCAGAGAGCUGGCCUCCAGCUCUCUAACUGGACAGUUUAUAUAAUUUAGGUCUGCAACACGGCACUGUCCAGUCUAGGCAGACAGAGCCCAUCCCACUGUCCCAAUGUGCUCUACUCCAUUCAUUCGUCCUGCUGCCCCCUGCCUGCUUCUUUGAAGGCACGUGAGCAGGGCCCAGGCAUACAGCUCCGUGGGACUGAGCUUGUCCCUAUCUUCCUUGCUGGUGAUUUCUGGCUAUCUGAUGGUCAGGAGCCAGACUCUGGGUUCAUUCUUCCCACUGGCCACACAGAAGAGCAGCCACCAGAGGAAUUCCAGGUUAGCCUUCCUCUAAGGAUCAGUGGUUCUAACUGCUCGGCAGAAUUACCUGGAGGGGAGUUUUAAUAAUACAGCUCCCUGGAAUUCAUACCACAGAGAUUUCCAAUUUAGUCAAUCCAAGUGAUAUUCAGUCAGCUGUGUUUUUUAAAACUGUACAGAUGAUUCUGAUACAGGGGCAAGUUGGGGAACCACUGGGUGAAUUCCAAGCUCUUUGAGAUCAGGAAGCACGAAUCUCCCCUUCUAUAUCCCCCAAUUAUUAGCACAACACCUGACACAUAGCAGCCCUUUAAUAAAUAUUUAUUGAGUCAAUGGGUAAGUAAAUGACUGAAAACAGGAUGGUGGAUUGGAAGUAUAGUCAGCCUAGCACCUUACCUAAAGGCUAGCGAGGGCUGGUGGGAUAUGGAAGGUCAAACCAGUCACAGUGGGGCUGGGGAUAAGAAUAAAGCAGAAGGCUGGGGGUCAGGAUGAGCCAAAGGAACUGGGCAAUUUGAGCGCCAAGCGGGAGAACAUGAUGCCUGCCCUUGAAAAUGCUGCUGCCCCUGUGUUGGGGCUUAAGGAGUUCUGCUUCUAGUCCCACCUAAGAAAGCAACUGUAAUGGGUCACUUCCCUGUUUGGAGAAAAAAAGAGAAAGGAAAAAAAAAAAAAAAAAAAGCCUGCAUUGUCAGGAUAAAGUCUGCACUCCAUUCUCAGGCUCACAGGCCCCUUCUUGGCUUCUCCUUAGCUCAUCACAUGCUACUUGCUCCCAUCUCUUUACAUGCGCGGCAACCCUGCCUUCCUGCAGGUCUUACUGAGUGCUCUCUCUGCCCGCAAACUCCUAUGCAACCGUCAAACCACAGCUUUAGAACAUCACCUUCUCAUCCCCCAGGAGGCCACCAGCUCACUGAGGGUGGGUCAGUCUGCUGUGUCCAAAGCCUAGCCAACAGGUGUGUGAUGAUCAGAAGUUGGAACGGGAAACCUACAGCAGACACUCAGGGUUGGUGUUUGCUUGUGUUCCUGUAAGCUGUAUUCUGCAGACAGAAACAAAUUUACGGAUUUGGAUCUAGAGAGGAACUGGGGUGCGGGGGGUGGGUGGGGUGUUGAGAAGAAGAAAAGCAAGUGAAGGAGUGAAGGUGGGAGACGCCUAAAAAAGACCAGGGAGAAGGCAGACUUUUCUGUUUUCUGCCCAAUCUGUCUCUGGGGUCAAAGGCUAUAGGAGAUCAUCUCCUGUGAUCAUGCUUGACCAAGGUAGGCUGCCAAGCUGCCCUUACACUUUGAAAAACGUGGUGGCGCCCCAGCUGGUUUGGCUCAGUGGAUAGAGCAUAGGCCUCCAGACGAAAGGGUCCUGGGUUCGAGUCAGGUCAGGGCACUUGCCCAGGUUGUGGGCUUGAUCCCCAGUAGGGAGUGUGGAGAAGGCAGCCCAUCAGUGUUUCUCUU